AUGGCUGCCAGUCCAGAAAUCAACUCGAAGAUUCGCGAUGAAAAUCGAUUGGCCGAAUUGGGAUACGCUCAGGAAUUGGAGCGAUCAUGGAGCUUUUUACAUAAUUUUGGCGCGUCCUACUCCAUCAUUGGUUGCGCUCCCAGUCUCACGGUCGUCUUCGCAUACGGGCUAAAGACCGGUGGGCCUGCUGUCAUGACCAUAGGAUGGAUCGUCGUCAGCAUCUUCACCCUCUUCGUGGGCGCCGCCAUGGCCGAGAUUCUCUCUGCGAUCCCGACGUCAGGAGGCCCUUAUUUCUGGGCCUAUAUGCUCGCUCCACCAAGGCAUGCGCCUUUCUUCUCAUGGGUCACCGGGUGGUUCAAUCUACUAGGCCAGGUGGCAGUCACCACGAGUAUCAACUUUGGUCUGUCCAACUUGAUCUCCCUCACCGCCGAGGUCAAUAGUGGCUAUCAGCCGACCGCGGGUAAAACGCUGGGCAUCUUGGCUAUUGUUCUCUUUUCACAGGUCUGUGUCAACUUGUUCAGCAUCAAAAAGCUGAGCUAUCUGAUCUACACUUCUCUCACCUUGAAUACCGUUGGGGUAUUUUGCCUCUGCGUCGCAGUCUUGGCAAAGGCGAAGACCCACCAACCAGCCUCCUUUGUCUUUGGCUAUUUUCAUGACGGUACAGGUGUCGGGACUCCACCGGAAGGUUGGGCGGAGCGAGCUUCUCUAGCGUAUGUCGCUGUUAUUGGCACGUUGACUGCACAGUAUACCAUGACCGGUUUCGAUGCGUCUGCCCACCUGUGUGAGGAGACUAGGAGAGCCGUCCGCGACGCUCCGCUGGGACUUUUAACUUCGAUCCUAGCCUCCGGCUUCGGCGGGCUCUUCUUGCUCGUCUGUUUGCUUUUCUCGAUCCAGGACUUCCAGACCACGAUCUCGGCUCCUCAGCCCGUCCUCCAGAUCUUAAGAGAUGCAUGUGGCCCAGCCGGCGGCACCACGCUCGUGGUCUUGCUCAUGCUUUGCAAUUGGCAUGUGGGGCUCUUCUCCCUCACUUCAAACUCACGGAUGAUGUUUGCCUUUGCCAGAGAUGGAGGUAUUCCACAUCGCUUGCAUAUUAUCGAUGGAAAAUUCAAGGUCCCGGUCCGGACCAUUGUCUUUGGCUCAAGUUGCUCUUUCCUGUUGGCGUUACCAUCUUUAGGCUCUCAGGUGGCCUUUGCAGGUACCACGUCUAUUGCCACUGUAGGACUAUUUAUAUCCUACGGCGUUCCUAUUGCCUUGACCCUGGUAUAUCCAGGCAAUUUCAAGCGUGGUCCCUUUCACCUGGGCCGGUUCUCGAAACCUAUCGCUAUCGUCGCUCUUGGCUGGGUCGGAUUCCUCGCAAUUGCAUUUAGCCUACCACAGCAGACUCCAAUCUCGUCAAAGACACUGAAUUACACGCCUGUGGCACUCGGUAUUGUCGGUUGCUUUGCUUUUGGAUCGUGGAGUCUAUGGGCAAGGAAAUGGUUCUCGGGACGCUGCCGAGACCAUUGCCGGGUCUGCAUUCGGCAGCUGACUUUUCUGGGAGAGGAAAUGGCUGAUCGUGGGGUACACCAUAACCGUCGAGAUGGCAGUGGAGGAGGCACCGAAGACUUUGAGGAUGAAGAGAAGAGACUUAAAGGUGGGGGAAUGGGCAUGGUGGAUGUCGGCAGUCUCGGCGAGCACAGCAGUACAGAAGACAGCGGUAAAGCGAAUCAAAGUUAUGGCGGUGUUCAAAAUUCGUCUCGUGGGCCGAGGGAGGUCGAGCUCGGCAACAGUGGCAUUCGUGCGCAUCGCAAGGGCAAAAAGGUCGAUGGGUAA